GGUAACGAACCUCGAAUUCUCCUUCCGAAUACGUUUUACUUCAGUUAAAGACAUUAGCUUUAAUCCAAUUUACAAAAUUGUAAGUAUUUGCCCUUUUUUAAUGCGUCAGGUCCUCUUUUUGUACAUUGACUGCGUCGUUACAAUUCCACUAAGUGUAUUUACCCUCGUUAUUGGAGAUCUUCUGAAUGGAAAAGGUAUCUUUGGAAUUAAACUCUUUAACCUAACCGUUUGUUAUGCUCACAAGCUUUUCCUUUUAGAUAUUACAAAUUUGACUGUUGAUUUGCCCAUUGUUGUUCACUAUAACCCGAACAGCGAAAGCGAAGUUUCUGCGGUGCAAUGCAUAGAUAAACCGCUCUGUGAAUUUGACAUGCUUGUUGAGAAUUCCGUUUCUUUAAGUCCAGAGGAAAAUUUUUCGCCGCCUCAUCAUGCAGUACACUUCGCUGUAGUAGCCAAAAAUCCCUAUAUAUCGUUUUUCGAGAGCAAUUCAAAAAAAAGUUUGUCUAGUAUGCCCGAGGAAUAUCAUGUGAUCAAGGAACGCGUUAAGGACAUCGCUCACCGUUUGCGAGGACGGUUUAAGCCAUACUGGAUGGAUUCUGAGAGCGGACCCUGCUAUGUCUGGCCUGGGAAUCCCAACUGGACUCUAAAGAAAAUUUACGGUCUCGCAGAUACCACACGGACGGCCUUGCCGGCUACCUUCUCCGUCUCCUCCGAUCUCAAACUUGCGGCUAUAACGGACAAUCAGUGCAGAGUCACUUUAAUAGAUCUCCACAAGGGAAUUGCCCUGCGUUUUUGGAAAGGCUGCAAGGAGGCUCAGACAUGUUUCGUCGAUGCUGAUGAGGGCUUUGCACCCGCCGGUCGAUUGCCUCGACGCGGCAGUUUCAUGCUAAUGUACUUGCCAUAUUCAAACACGCUGGAACUCUGGUCGUUGAUCCACGGACCACUACUGAAAUCGUGGUCAAUUGAUGGGCCCUUGCGAUUUAGCGUCCUUGCUAUCAUCGGAAACGAUAAUCUACUUGGACUAAAAUUUAGCUUAGAUUUAUGGUUUCCACAUACCAAAGAAGCAAGUGAUUUCAAAAGAUUUGCAAGUUUGCGAAAUUGGAUUAACUCAAAAGCUUUUAAAUCCUGUUUGCAUUCAGACCAAAUCAAUACAGUUGCUAGACUGGAAAACGAAUUUCAGGGAUUUUCGUUACCCGAUUGGUUUUUGAAAGCCUUGUGGAUUGUCCUAACAUCCAAAUCAUCCGGCCUGUUGGACUGGAUUUCACAGAAACUAGCUAACAAAGAUCUGCUGGGUACCUUAACUCUUUCAGAAUCUCAGAAGUGCGCGUUUCAAAAGCAUUUAAAUGUCGUCCGAAGUCUUAUUGCAUUUUACCAAAGUCUUUCUGAGGCCUACGAAAGGCAGAGUUUGCAAGGCGCGGCACCCACGCCGGAUUCGACAAACGCCUUUAUCACUCCCGUCGCUAGCCUCUUCCGUCAGUGUGUGAAAGCGUCCGAGUUGCCAAAACUACUGCCGCCGUCGGUGUUUUUCCGAGCGGCUGCUCAUACGCGGCUGUUCAGACCGGCUGCCACAAGGGGUUCUCAGGCGUCUAAAGGGCAAUCAUACCACAAGUGCGCCGCCUACGAAGCAAUUCUAGGUCGAGCCAUCUUCGCACCCUACUUCCAGGGAACAGUGCCUGCCAAGUCCUUCCUCCUCUUGAUUGACACUGCGCCGAUACCCUUCGAUUACCUUCUAAUCACACAGCUAACCGAGGUACUUUAUAAACGACAUCCACGGAAGCUGGCUCUUGUGUUUGUCGAACUUUACCAGAUAAUCCUGUCGUCACGCAACUAUGCCUGUGGUCUCGCAAUCUGCUCUGCGCUGAUUGGUGCAGCGGAAGAGCCGAGUCUUCACUCGCAGGCUAGCAGUGAUGUGGACGACGAUGUGGACACUUCACCCGUCACAAGUCCAUUACAAGCUAGCCGCGGCGACCUUCAACUACGCGCUGAGCAUCUACAAGACAUGGUAGUCUUCCAUCACUGCCUCACUGCCUUCCGACAAUCCUACAGCCCCCCCUCGUGGAAUGCCCGGGCGUGCAGCGUGAGGCGUAUUCUUCAAAGCGGUCCUGGUGAGUUCGCCGCAACGCCACACUACUUCACCAACGAAUUCGCCCGACAUCUGGCGCCAUCUCGUCUGAAACCGAGCGAACUGGUCGACAUCUACCGGUAUUUCGGCGGACGGAACUCGCCGCCUUGCGAAAAAGAGUUUGCUGAUCACUUCCACGCGAUGUGCCAGCGUUUGCCGCUUUCGUUCGAGGUGAAUCGGGUUCUGGUGUGCGCCGCGUGGCGAUUGGUCCGGCAAUUAGCCUCCCCCUGGACACGCCUCGGUCGAGCAGAGAAAUUCUCGCACCUGAGUCGUGUGGCAGACUUCCUGAGCAACACCUCAAAUGCAGGCCACGGAUUGGCUUUUGUUGUCGCGUCGCAGUGCCACGAGUGCCCCCUGCCUCAACUUCUCAAGCAGCACUCGACGUCGCUUCAGUCCAAUGACUUCACCAAGCCGGUGAACGACGCUGCUUUACUUCAAGAAGCAAUGAGUCUGUGUCAAUUCUUCAAAGAAUUCCGACAGGUGUCCAUCGCUGCCAACGAAGGGAACCUCUUGCUUCGUGACGAGCGUUGGGACUCGAGGCAGCGACUCGUGUGCCCAGGUGGUGAGCUCCAGGAAUCCAAAGAGACACGUCCGCGGACCGACUCCGCGUUCCCUCUCGACAAAGUCGCUGCCGGCGACGGCGACGCGGGGCCACCGUUUCACGCCCUUGACGCGUGGUUCCAGUUCUCGGUGAUUCACGCAGCUAUUCUGGCCCUCGGCUUGCCCGACGAUGAGCCUGCUAGAUGUCCUGUGCAUCUCCUAAGUGCCGCGCAAUGGGAAGAUUGCAACGGCCUCCAUCUUCCCGUCUGGACCCACUCCGUGCACAACGCAAAUCAGAAGUCACCGCCAAUGAGUUUAAAACAACGACGACGCGCGUUCCUCGAUUGGCUACUGCGUGGCCUCGCGGGAAAUGCGAAUUUGCGCACCGAAUACCCCGCAUUCUUGUCGUCCGCGUUCAGUCUCGCGUCCGCCUGGGAUCUGCCCACCUCCGCUGCUCGGUUGUUCUACGUCGUCUCGCUCUACGAAAAUUGGGCAGAUCGAGACGCUGAAGAGAGCCGUUCGAUGGUUAGGGACAGUUAUACGCUCGCAAACAGUCUCUUCUACGUUUUGGCUGCACGUAUUUGUGAAAUUGACAAGCAAAUGAGCGGCCGCAUUCUCGUCGACGCCUCAGAAAAUCUGGCUGUUUUUCUGAGCUGCCUGAAGUCUGAUGCGUCUCUGACGGGGUCGCAGCCAUCGUUUGUUGAACAAACUCAAAACGCGUGGAAAUUGAUUGAUUUUUUGAUCGAGCACCUCCCUGUGGAAUCAAAUCAGCGCGUCUUUACCUUGGAAUUGCGAGAUCUUCUUCAAGAAGCUUUACAGCACUAA